AUGCCUAUGCUGGGGGGUUACUGUUUGAGUGCCGAGAAGCCCAAGGCUGGGUUGGCUUGCCCAAUCACCUCCUUAGUCAUGCACAGUCUGGAGCCUUUUUUUCCCGCACCAGAGAGCCUCUUUGAGACACGCGCCAAGACUCUCGGGAUUGUCGAAACAUCGAAAUCACAGGCAACCAAUUCUCCAGACUCGUUCAACCCCCCCACUACCCCCACCAUGGUUCUCAAAAAUCUCGCCCAGGUCUGCUCGCACCUGCAAAACAUCUCUAAAGCGCACAUCGCCACGACAUCCAUUCCCAUGACCAAGCUCAACCUCUCAAUUGCACUUGGGCUCCAAGACCAAGGCUUCAUAUCCUCCGUGACGAGAGGCAACUACGCCGGGCCCGACACCGAGUACACACCGAUAACGCAGGAGAAUGUCGCGACCCGACGACUGUGGCUGGGGAUGAAGUACUACGACAACGAACCCGUGCUCUCGAAGAUGCGCCUGGUAUCAAAGCCGACAAAGAGGGUGUGGGUGGGUGUGAAUGGCCUCAAGAUGCUCACGAGUGGGAAGGAACAUGAGUAUGUCAAGCCGCUGCAGCCUGGCGAGUGCAUGUUCCUGUUGAGUGAUAAAGGCUUGUUGGAGGCAAGGGAGGCUAUUGAGAGGCAAAUUGGCGGGCAGCUGUUGUUGAGGGUGCGCUAG